AAUAUUUUCACGCGCAUGACUAUUAAUUAAUUUGUUUAAUUUUGACGAAAAAAUGUUUCUGAAGUUGCUAUCAUUUGUAACACUCAUAGCCCUGAGUACUUGCGAGGUCGUAAUUGGCCAAGAUGAGAUCGACGAAGUGUCCGGACUAUACACAAUUGAGGGCAAAGUCUACCCGCCGGAACAGCUCCUUGGAGCUGCUGCACCCAGCGGCAAGUGGCAAGUGGACGUGACGUUGUCAAUCAACGAUGGUGAGAUCAAGGGCUUUCUGCGGGAAGAUGGUAAUUUUGUCAUCAGUGGCGUUCCAUCCGGUAGCUACGUACUCGAAGUGAAUCACCCAGACAUUUUCUACGAGCCCGUACGCGUUGAAAUUAAUCCAAAGGGUAAAUUCCGUGCACGCAAGGUGAACUUUGUACAGCCCGCGCAAAUUAUUCAGGUACCUUAUCCACUGAAAAUGAAGCCACUUAUGCGCCUCAAGUACUUCCAGGCCAGAGAACAAUGGAAGAUCACCGACUUCCUGUUCAGUCCAAUGGUUCUAAUGAUGGUUCUGCCGCUGCUCCUUAUGUUGGUCCUACCGAAAAUGAUCAACGACCCUGAGACAAAGAAGGAAAUCGAGAACAUGCAGUUCCCAAAGAUGACGAAUGACAUGCCCGAAAUUAGUGAAAUGUUGACCUCUUUCCUCUCUGGCAAGCAGCCGGAGAAAGAGAAGAAACCAGUCAUGGCAAACAAACAAACUAAAAAACGUAGCCAACAACAACAGUAAGCAGUUACAUUUAUUGAGGGCCCCUAUUAUCAACAUCAGGGGCUAAUCUAAGCUUAAGAAUUUUAGUAAAUUUUUCUCGUAAAGUAGUCAAAUUUCA